GGGUAGUAACAACCAACCCGUGGAGCUGUCCUGCAGAUUCGCUACAAUUCCGGAGUCAGCGCGCCGGGCUCGGAGGAGGCGCUCACCACGGUUUGCUCUCACCAGGGUUUGCUCGUUCCGGGAUGAGUGAGUGGGGUGGGGAGCGAGAGGAACCAAGACCCGCGUCAUUCACCACUGGCACAUAAAAAUCCCCGAGCUCAUUUUCAGUUUCUCUUCUGUCCUGACAAGCCUCGUAGUGAUCAUCCUCGCCAAGCCCAGACUCGAGAGAGGCCGCCGGGCAGGCGCUGCGUCUACGCAGGCUUUCCCGCGCUUGGUCACUUGCUUGCCAUUCGGUGGCCAUCGCCUUCGACUUUUACACAACGACCCAGGCGGUGGUAUCCGGCCUCCACCCAAGAGCCGAGUUGGAAACCGAAAGCGCUGAGCCCGGGGGAGGGGCGCCCCGCCCCGCGCGCCAGGAGGGCGACUUGUAGGUUUCGAUUCUCCGGGAGCAAGCGCGGUCAGUUGCGCUCAGUGUCUGCAAGGCUCCGGCCGCCAAGCGGCAACGGCGUGGCCAUGGCCGACCCGGAGGUGUGCUGCUUCAUCACCAAGAUCCUGUGCGCCCACAAGGGCCGCAUGGCUCUGGACGCGCUGCUCCGCAAGAUCGCGCUAUCUGAGGAGCAGCUCUGCGAGGUGCUGGAAGCGGCCGGGCCCGACCGCUUCGUGGUCCAGGAGACCGAGGGUAGCCGGUGGGUGGUGGCCACCACUCGAGCCCGGGUCUGCCGUCGCAAGUUCUGCCAGAGACCCUGCGAAAACCUGCACCUCUGCAAGCUCAACCUGCUGGGCCGGUGCAACUAUUCGCAGUCGCAGCGAAAUUUAUGUAAAUAUUCUCACGAGGUCCUCUCAGAAGACAACUUCAGAGUCCUGAAGAACCACGAGCUUUCUGGACUUAACCAAGAGGAAUUAGCUGUGCUCCUCGUCCAAAGUGACCCGUUUUUUAUGCCUGAGAUAUGCAAGAGCUAUAAGGGCGAGGGCCGGCAGCAGAUCUGCAGCCAGCAGCCGCCCUGUGACAGACUCCACAUCUGCGAGCACUUCACCCGCGGGAACUGCAGUUACUCCAACUGCCUGCGCUCCCACAACCUGCUGGACCGGAAGGUGCUGGCCGCCAUGUGGGAGCACGGGCUCAGUGUCGACGUGGUGCGCAACAUCCAGGACAUUCUCAACAGCAAGCACGCCCGGGGCCGGAAGCACCCGCCGGCCAGGAGAGCCCCUCCCUCAAAUCGUCGAGAUGUGGGAUACAGAGACAGAAGCAAAAGUCGAGACAGAUUUUUUCAGGGCCAUCAGGAAUUUUUUCCACCUGCUGAUGCCUCUUGCCAAAGGUCCUGCACGUCCAGUCCUGAUAUAACCAGCAGCAGGCCCCCCCCGGACGACGUGGUUGUGGAGGAUCUCGCCCACGAAUUCACGCAUCUUGGGAGUCAGGAUAGCUCUCCGCCUUCCCCAGUCUCACCCAAGACCACCAGUUUUGCAGGAACCGGUCAAAUGGAAGCAAACCACAGGUUUUCAGAGAACAGCAGUCGAGAGGGUCUCUUUUAUGGGAAUCUAGGCAACACUCGUCCUGUUUCUGAUUCAAUGCCAACCUCCAACCAGAAGGAGCCCACGUCCUGGGUGAACGGCCAAGGCCCCGGGAGAGAGAGUGUGUUUUCUCAUUGUCCACCAGGCACCUUCCCACUAAAAAUCACAAGCUUGUUUUCCUCAGAUUGCGUGGACAUCAAGGGUGAAAGUGGAAACCACGAAGUCCCACAUUUUUCUUUUUUUAACAAGACAGUUGAUGGAACGGCCACAGAUCCAUCUUCCACAAGAUCUUCAAGUUACAAGACCACAGCCAGUAGACAGAGAGAAGAAUCGUUACACACGACCCAGGACAAUGGAACCUCUCGUGGGAAUCAACAAGCCACUGGCAAAAUUGCAGAAGAUGAUCCAGACAUGGUAUUUGUGAGUGGUCAUACUUAUCCGAACACGUAUUGGUCUACCAAGUAUGUCCCCAACAUGCUGAAUGACUCUGUGAAAGCGACAGAUAAGACUACAGAUGGAGCUAAAACUGGUGCCAUUAGUUCCAGCUUAAGAGUGGCAGCCAAAGAUGAUAAAGAUGUGUUUGCCUCUGAAAGUCAGAGUCAGAGAACCCAGGGCUUUCUCAAGCCUGGGGAGGCCACGGCCCCUGCACAAGUCAGCAGUCCGCCAACAGUAUCACCUUCCUCAAGCGACAGAGCUACAGCCUGUGGGAUUGGUGGUCACAGCUCUGCCCACAUCUCUGUGACCCCUGCCGCUGGAUUUACAACAAGGAGGACCCAAGACUCAGCUCUGUAUUCCUCAUCCAAUGUUACCAGUAUCACAUCUUCCAAGAUAGAUGAUGGCUCAGAAGAAAUCUGUCUUGACUAUCUGUAUAAGGGCUGUCAGCCUAAUAAAAAGUGCAGCAAAGUUCAUUUCCACCUGCCCUACCGGUGGCAGAUUCUGCUUUCAAACACCUGGAUUGACCUUCAGCCCAUGGAGAAAAUCGAGAAGGCCUACUGUGACCCAAAUAACUCCAUCUUUUCUGUAGGGAGUCAUAACAUCAGUUUCCAGGAAAUGAGCUGCGAGUUCCAUCCCAUCCGACGUCUCUCCACCCCCUCAUCUUGCACGAAGUCGGUCACGUCUGUCUUCGCCACAAAAUGGAUUUGGUAUUGGAAAGACAAGUCUGGUGAUUGGAUUCAAUAUGGGGAAAAGAAAGAUAAUCAGCAGAUUUCAAACAUCACCUCUUCCUACGUGGAGUCCCUGUUUCUCUCCUACCCACGGGGAAUCGUGCAGUUUAAGGCGGGCUCAGAGGAGUACGAACUGAGUUUCCCAGGGAUGAUUCAGACAAACACGGCUUCCAAGACUCAAAAGGAUGUUGCCAGAAGGCCACAAUUUGUGUCUUCCCGGGAUGUGGAGGAGCUUCUGAAAGGGCCAGGCUGUGAGCUGGCACCAUCCCGACUCGAGCCUGUCACCUCAAACGUUCCUCCCUCGGACCAUCCCCCCUUGCUCCCGAAUGGCUAUAAGUUGUCAAUCAUCAGUGAGCGACUUCCAGAGUAUACCAUGAUAAGUGAGAGUUUUAAAGCCUCCAUGAAAAAUUUCAGGAUUGAAAAGAUAAGGAAGAUCCAUAACCCAGAGCUGUUGGAUGCUUUUCAAAGGAAAAAAGCGAAGAUGAAGAAUGCCAAUGAAAAAAUCCUCUUUUAUGCAACAAACCGCAGCCACAUGGAUUCUAUCUGUGCGAAUAACUUUGACUGGACCUUACAUGGAACUCAUGACACCAAAUAUGGAAAAGGAAAUUACUUUGCCAAAGAAGCCAUCUGUUCCCACAAAAAUUACCUGUGUGAUGACAAAAACGUGGUUAUGUUUGUAGCCCGGGUCCUGGUUGGGGAUUUCAUUGAAGGAAAUAUGGCAUACACAUGUCCUCCUCCCCGAUUUUCUGACCCGAAGACUCGGUAUGACAGCUGUGUGGAUACAAGGUUGAAUCCCUCGAUUUUCAUCAUCUUUCAGAAAGAUCAGAUCUACCCAGAAUAUGUGAUUGAGUAUACUGAAACAGACAAAGCCUGUGUGAUUAGUUAGACACGAUGACUUCGGCAUCAUAGCGGACAAUGUUCUGCUCACUUACAGAACCAAAUUGCCCGGAUAAUGGUUACACUUUUACAUUUUCCACACCUGGUUGUAUGUCUUCAAUUGAUGGUUCCCCAGUUUUGCUGCAUAUUUGAGUUGCCUGGUGUAUUCAUUGCCUAGGGCUGCCAUAAGAAAGCGGUGGCUUUAUCCAACAGAAAUUCAUUGUCCCAGCUCUGGAGGCUGGGAGUCCAAGAUCAGGGUAUCAGCCUUGUUGAUUCCUUCUGAGGACUCUGAGAAAGAAACUGUUCCAUGCUCUUUCCUAGCUUCUGGUGGCUCCAGGCAUUCCUUGACUUGCAGCCGCAGUGUCACACGGCGUCCUUCCUUCGUCUCCCUGUCUCUGUGUCUCUCCUCUUUUAUAAGGAAACGAGUCACAUAGGAAUAGGUUCCACCCUACUCCAAUAUGACCUCAUGUUCACGGAACAGAUAACAUCCUCAAAGACCCUAUAUCCAAAUGGGGUCACAUUCAAAAGUACCAGGGUUAGGACUUCAACAUACCUUUUUGGGAGACACGAUUCAAUCCAUAACCUACUGGCGUCGAGUCAAUUUCAACACAUAGCGACCCUAUAGGACAGAGUAGAACUGCUGUACUCUGUCCUAUAGGUUUCUAAGGCUGUAAAUUAUUAGUGAAGCAGACUGGCACAUCUUUCUCCCCAGGAGCUGCUGGUAGGUUCAAACUGCUGACUGCCACUGGUAGGCUCGAACUGCUGACUUUUCUGUUAGCAGCCAAGCACUAUAACCACUGUACCACCAAGGCUCCAUUCAAUCCAUUGUUGUUGUUAGGUGCCAUCGAGUUGGUUCUGACUCAUAGCGACCCAUAUGUACAAUAGAACGAAACACUGCCCAGUCCUGCGCCAUCCUCACAAUCGUUACGUUUGAACCUAUGUGGCAGCCACUAUUUCAAUCCAUCUCAUUGAGGAUCUUCCUUUUUUUUUGCUGACCCUCUACGGAGCAUGAUGUCCCUCGCCAGGGACUGUUCCUCCUGACAACAUGUCCAAAGUACGUGAGACACAAUCUCGCCAUCCUUACUGCUAAGGAGCAUUCUGGCUGUGCUUCUUGCAAGACAGAUUUGUUCGUUUUUCUGGUAGUCCGUAGUAUAGUCAAUAUUCUUCUCCAACCCCACAAUUCAGAGGCGUCAGUUCUUCGGUCUUCCUUAGUCAUCGUCCAGCUUUCUAUGCGUAUGAUGAGAUUGAAAAUACCAUGGCUUAGGCCAGGCGCAUCUUAGUCCUCAAAGUGACAUCUUUGUUUUUCAAUACUUUGAAGAGGUUUUUUGCAACAGAUUUGCCUAGUACAUCAUUUGAUUUCUUGACUGCUGCUUCCAUGGGCAUUGAUUGUGGAUCCAAGUAAAAUAAAAUCCUGGACAACUUCAGUUUUUUCUCUGCUUUUCAUGAUGUUGCUUAUUGGUUCAGUUGUGAGGAUUUUUGUUUUCUUUAUAUUCAGGUGUAAUCCGUAUGAAGGCUGACAUCUUUGAUCUUCAUCAGUAAGUGCUUCAAGUCCUUUUCACUUUCAGCAAGCAGGGUUGUGUCAUCUGCAUAUUGCAGGUUAAUAAGUCUUUCUCCAAUCCUGAUGCUGUGUUCUUCAUAUAGUCCAGCUUCUCAGAUUAUUUGCUUAACAUAUGGAUCGGAUAGAUAUGGUGAAAGGAUACAGCCCUGACACACACCUUUCCUGACUUUAAACCAGUCAGCAUCCCCUUGUUUUUUGGGAACAACUGCCUCUUGGUCUAUGUACAGAUUCUGCAUGAGCACAAUGAAUUGUUCUGGAAUUCUCAUUCUUCACAGUGUUAUCCAUAAUUUGCGAUGAUUUUACGAUCCACAGAGUCAAAUGCCUUUGCAUAGGCAAUAAUAUGUAAGUAAACAUCUUUCUGGUAUUCUCUGCUUUCAGCCAAGACCCAUCUGACAUCAACAAUGAUAUCCCUUGUUCCAUGUUUUCUGAAUCAGGCUUGAAUUUCUGGCAGUUCCUGUCGAUGUAUUGCUGCAACCAUUUUUUAAUGAUCUUCAGCAAAAUUUUACGUGUGUGUGAUAUUAAUGAUAUUGUUCGAUAAUUUCUGCAUUCCAUUGGAUCACCUUUCUUUGGAAUGGGCACAAAUAUGGAUCUCUUCCAGUCAGUUGGCCAAGUAGCUGUCUUUCAAAUUUCGUGGCAUAGACAAGCGAAUACUUCGUGUGCUGCAUCCGCUGAGAUGUUGAAGCAUCUCUGUUGGUAUUCUAUCAAUUCCUGGAGACUUUCCCUAAUGCCUUCAGUGCAGCGUGGACUUCUUCCUUCAGCACCAUCGGGUCAUGAUCAAUAUACUACCUUCUGAAGCGGUUGAACGUUUACCAAUUCUUUUUGGUACAGUGACUCUCUGUAUGCCUUCCAUCUUCUUUUGAAGCUUCCUGUGUUCUAUAUUUUGCCCAUAGAAUCCUUUAAUAUUGCCGCUCGAGGCUUGAAUUUUUUCUUCAGUUCUUUCACCUUGAGAAAUGCUGAGCAUGUUCUUCUCUUUUGAUUUUCUAACUCUAGGUCUUUGCACAUUUGGUUAUAAUCCUUUGGCUAUUCAAGCUGCCCUUUGAAAUAUUCUGUUCAGCUCUUUUUCAUGAUCAUUUCUUCCAUUUGCUUUAGCUACUUGGCAUCGAAGAGCAAGUUUCAGAGUCUUAGAAAGUCUAACAUCCAUUUUGGUCUUUCUUUCCUGUCUUUUAAUGACCUUUUGCUUUCUUCAUGUAUGAUGUCCUUGAUGUCAUCCCAUAACUUGUCUCAUCUUCAGUCAUCAGUGUUCAGUGUGUCAAAUCUAUACUUGAGAUGGUCUCUAAAUUCAUGUGGGAUACACUGAAUCUAUAACACCUGGUAAUCUCUUGAUCUCGGUGCCCAGAUCCAUUAAAUCACAAGGUCGCAGGUAAGAGCCAGGCAGCAGUAUUAUUUAUGGAUCCCAGGUCAAUCCCAUGUGUAGCAAAGCUUGGGAACCACUGUCUUAGAUGCAAUUUUGUUCAGGCUGAUUUCUAAUUUUUUUUUUUUAUCGUAACAACCUUUUCUCUUCAUUUACUGUACAGUGUGGUUUUGUUUAGGUUAAAUUGAAUGAAAAUUAAGAAAUUUGGGGAAAUUCUAAAAAUACCUAUUGAAAGAAGGACAGAAGACAUUACAGCCUUAGACGGAAGGUUGAAAGACUGGGGGGAAAAUGCUCAGGGGCAAACUGGGGAAAAAAAGGCUAUUUAAAAUGCGAUUAUAGACAUACCACAAUACUGUGUCCUAUAUUUGUGGUGAAACCUUCUGGGCACACAUUUAUUUAUCUCGAAGUUUAUUUAGGGGAUAGAUCACAUAUAGGUGACUCUUCUGGUAUGCAACAAAAAGCUGCCAAGCAUGGCCCAGAGAGAGGCAACCAGCUGGAGUUCCUUGCCCAUAGGGCUCUGUGUACAAUUAUGGCAAUGGAGAUAUUUACCUUCUACUUAAUAUGAUUGCAGAGAGGAAAUCUUUUUCAAAUCAGGCUUUCAUGGCGUGUCCAUGUUUUGGGGGGAUUGCCACAUUGCCAGGUGUUUUGAGAAAUGUUGUCUCUUCUCAGCAGGAGACUGAGCUUCAGUAACCAGAUUCAUACAAGCGUGACUUAUAAACCCGAGUGCUAUUGUAGUUGUUCGAUGCAGCAGAUGAGGCUUACCCUUAAACUAACCUGUGCCUCCUUCAGUGUUCUGAAAUCCAGGAGUCCUCCUUGAGCCCCCCUCUCCCCAAGCAGUCCCCAUACCCGGUUUUACCUUGUAAACAUCUCUAUCUGCUUCUAAGUUGUUCUCUAUUUAGCAGAAAGAAUGGUCAUUUCUUUAAAUAUACUUAAUAAUGGUCUUUUAAAUACACAAAUACAAUUAAGCCUUUAGGAUAAAGUUCAAAGUCAUGGCCAUAGCCCUACAUGGUCUCUCCCUCCCUACCCUACCCCUCUUGUUUCUGUCAGCUCCUUGGCGCCCUGCUCUUUGCCUAGGUCAGUGAUUCUCAACUAGCACGCCUGCCUUUUUUCCUUUUUAGUGACAACGGCUUUGUAAUAUUGCCUUUAUUAUCCUGACAUGUAAGUCAUAGGAAAUAUACUUGACCUAAAAACACACGUAAUUUUACAAAUAAACUGAAAGUGAACUAAAUUCAAUAUAACAGGGAAAUAAAGGGUAUGCAGAAGUCAGGUGCUGACAUCUGCGCCUAGUGAAUAAACGUGUACUUCAAAGAAGGUGGAAACUCAAGCUGUUUUGCUCAAUUGGGAAAAUCAAAAAGUAGGGAUACGAGCGGACAUUAGAAUAAAAACCAGUGAUGCAAUAAUUUAUUUGCAUGGGAUAAUACUUAUUUUUAUAUGAUAAAUGAACGAAACAACCUUACUUGAAAUAAAGGUAAUAUGCAAGAAAAUGUAUAGACUGUCGAAGCGGAGAACGCGUGGAGCUCUGAUGUUCUUGCAGGCGAGUUACUAGUCAUACAAGAAUGUCCAGCAAGACAUUCCAGAUUCGUAUAGGGUACAGAAUCACUCUUUAUGAUUAUUGCAAGAUGUUCAGCAAUCCAUAUUGGCUCCCCCACAUUAAAUGCCAGGGCACCCCCCUCCCCAUCACGGUGGCAACCACAAAUCCCAGCAGACCUAUUGGUCCUUUUUAGAAAAUAGAUAUUUUUUUGACAUUCUCUCGCUGUCCUGUGAUAAUUCAUAGGUGAUAUAAUCUAUUUACACACAAAAAUCCAUUUAAUGCCCAAGGUCUAUUACAACAGAGAAGUCAAGGAAAGGAAUUUGUAAUGACAGUUGUAUAAAUUUCAGUAUGUAAAUGCUCAGGUAUGACUAUGCUGUAAAACAUCAUGGAAUAGCCAUAUGUUUACCCCAGUUGUAAUGAACAGGAUUGCAUUUAAGAGUCGAUAAGAGGCUGCCCUAUUAAGAAGUAUAGGAAAGUGAAAGAUUGAAGACUAGAAGAGAAUCCAGUAUCAGGGUACGUCAUAACACCAUAUACCUUAUCUGUCUAUGGUAAGGGAAAGUGCGAAAUUAACCUUAACUGAAAUAAGGAUAACAGGACAAGCCAGAUUAUCCUGAUGGCUUAUAUCCUCUCAGACGAGCUGCAGGUCCUACGUAGAUGUCCUGGCAGACGUUCGAAAGUCGUACGGGGUGCGGGACAGUUCUUCCUUGUGUGGGAACAGCCCACAUGCAGCAGGACAUCUGUUACCCCUGGCUGCAUCCACUCAAUGCCAGUAAUGGCCCCCAUGAUUGUGAAACCAGCAAUAUGCCCAUCAGUUUCCAAACUACACAGGUGGGAACCACUGACCUAGUUAAUACCUAAGUUAAUCUUUUAACUAGUUGCCAUUUAGUUGAUUCUGACUCAUGGCGACCCAUGGGUGUCAGAGUAGAACGGUGCUUCCAGUUAGCACGCAAGUGCAUCAACUGUUUGCAUCACCCAGGGACUCCUGUGGCAUCCUUAGCUUAACUGUUAUUUCCAUAGGGAGCCCCUCGGUGGUGCAAAUGGUUAACUCGAUGAUCUAGUGGAAAGGCUGGAGGUUUGAAUCCACCCAGAGGCACCUUGGAAUCUACUGAAAGGGUUGAAAACUGGAGCAUAGUUUUGCUGGGACACACAUGGGGUCGCCAUGAUGCCAACUCAAUGGCAACUAGUUUGGUAUUUUCUUUUUUUUGGUUUUACUUCCAUGAGGUCUCUAGGUUUCAGAUCCUUGUCUCCCAAACCGCAGGUUUUUUAAAUAUUUUGCGCCUUGCUUUGUUCAUUUUUAGCAUUUAUGUAACACGAAUUGUCUGCUUUCUGCCUUAGAAUGUAAGCCCCAUGUGGGCAGAGUCUAGGUCUGGCCACACCCAAAGCCUACCCAAAUUUGGUGCCUGAUUCUCUGUGUGUCCUACAAAUUUUGUGGACUAAAUUAAGUGCAACUGUUUAUAUUUCAAUAGUUGUAUUUCCUCUUGUUCCUCUUCAAGCUUAAUUUCAGAUCGUUUAAUAAAAAGGAAUUCAUACCAA